AUCACUGAAUGGAUCUGCAAUAGGAAGGUUCUGUUCAUCUUAGAUGGUCUGGAUGAAUAUAAAAAGGGUUUGAACUUUAACAGCCUUUUGUCGGAUGUGACUAAAGAAGCCACAGUGGACGUCCUUCUGGUAAACCUUCUGCGAGGAAAACUUCUCCCGUCCGCUCACGUGUGGAUCACCAGCCGUCCCGUCGCAGCUGGACAGCUUCCGUCUGAGAUCUUCCGAAAGGGGUACAUCACGCAUAUCAGAGGAUUCAGAGAUGAGCAAAAGGAGGAGUACUUCAAAAAGCAAUUUGAGAAUACAAAGCUAACCGAAGAAGUUAUCUGUCACCUAAAGUCUCAAAAGAGCCUGUGGAUAUUGUGCCACAUACCUCUGUUUUGUUGGAUUUCAUCGGUUGUUCUCAAAGACAUCAUCGAAAAUCGGAAUAAAAAUAGAAAUGUACCAUCGAAUCUGACAGAAAUGUACAUCCACUAUCUGCUCAUUCAGAGUGGACUGAGCCACAAGAAAUAUCAAGUGGAAGAGCUGUCACAGCAAGACGCUCUCCAGAAACAUAAAGAAGUGAUUAUGAAACUGGCAGAGCUGGCAUACAGGCAGCUGAAGGAACAGAAUGCCAUCUUCAGAGAAGAAGACUUGAAGAAAUAUGAUAUCACUGUUGAAGAAGCGUCUCAGUAUCCCGGCGUCAUUACCUGUAUCUCAGUGUGCAAAUUUCUGUUUUACGAGAGCAAACUUUUCAGCUUUGUCCAUCUCAGUGUCCAGGAAUUCUUUGCAGCCAUGUUUGCGCUUCAAAAAUUUCUAUCAGGAAAACAAGGCUCCCUGGAAUUGAUUACAGCUAAAAAGAAGCAGAAGUCAACUUUGUGUGAUUUUCUCAAAAAUUUGAUUGAUGAGGCUUUGAAAAGCAAAAAUGGACACUUGGACCUCUUUAACUGUUUUGUCUUUGGGAUUUCUUGUGAUUCCAGCAGACAGUUACUUGAAGGAUUCCUGCCUUCAGUCUGGAGCAGUAGUUCAGAUGAUCACAGAAAAGUGGCCACGUACAUCAAGUCUUUGAAGAGGCAAGGUCUGUCUUCUGAGAGAUGCAUCGGUCUGGUUCGUUGCCUGGUGGAGCUCAAGAACCGGUCACUUUUACAGGAAAUGCAUGAUCUUAAACGCUCGCAGUGCAAAGAGCCCCUCACACCGUUCCAGUGCACACUUCUGGCUCACCAGUUUGUGAUGUCAGAUACGAAACACGAUGAGUUUGACCUCAGGAAAUACAACAUCCGCUUAGACGGGUUUCAGAGAUUCUCCCCAGCCAUCACACACUUCAGAAAGGCUCUGCUCAAGGGAAGCGGAUUUACAGAGCAGCACUGUGGGAUCCUGACGCGUUACCUGACAUCACCAAACUCUCACCUGACUCAUCUCGACCUGAGUCACAAUGCUCUGGGUCUGUCCGCACUGCAGCAGCUUUCCACGGCGCUCUGUGCUCCCAACUGCCUGAUUCAGAUUCUGAACCUCAGCCACAAUAACUUCCAGAGUCAGGACAUGGAGCAGAUCAGGGAUGUGCUCUCUGGAGAAAACGUGAAUCUGAGAGUCCUGGACCUCAGCGACAAUCCUCUACAGGAUCCAGGAGUGGAAGUUAUUUCAGAUGGACUGAAGAGCCCAAACUGUCAUCUUGAAGUUCUGAAGCUUUCAGGCUGUCAAAUUAAAGGAGGAGUUUAUCAGCUGAUGUCAUCUUUGAAAGUCAAUUCUUCAUAUCUGAGAGAGCUGGACCUGCGCUAUAAUGAUUUUGGAAACAUCGGACAGCAGAAUCUACAGCAUGAUCUGUCCUCACUGAGUAUUUCCUCUGGAGGAGAAUGCCGUGACCAACCAGGACUGGAUAAAUAUUUGGUAGCGCUCACCUUUGACCCUCAGACGGCUAAUGAAUACCUCUAUCUGAGCGAGAACAACACUGUGGUCACUUGUCAGAAAGAGAAACAGCAGCUUCCUGCUAACGGCGAGAGAUUCGACAUGUGCAACCAGGUCCUGAGCCGCCAGCCACUGAUUAGACGCUGCUUCUUUGUGGUGGAUGUGAUUGGCCUAGACGUGUAUGUGGGCGUGGCCUGUAAGGAAAUGGGGAGGAACGGAGCGAGUUACGCAGUAUGUCUGGGACACAAUAAGAUGUCGUGGAGUUUAUGUUUGUCAGAUCAUUUAAAUGUGGCUCAUCACAACAAAAAAACUGUAUCAAUUCAAUCAGAGUCCGUCAGAAAACUGGGUGUGUUUGUGGACCGUGAUGCUGGUUCUGUUUGCUUCUAUAUGUUGAGUCCACAGCAUAAACUCUUGUACAUGUUUGAUGCAGAUUUUCCUCAGGACCAGGAGCUUUAUGCUGCGUUCAGGAUUCAGGAGCCAAACAGCUCAGUCGUUCUCAUGCAAGAAUCACAAUAAAUUAGCAGAUGUUUGAACAUUCAGAAGUUUUACUGGACAUUUUAGUCGGAGGAGCUGCGAUACUAUACAAGCGCUCCAGGCGACGCAAGUUAAGACAGCGCGGUUUUAGGACUCGAGCAUUCAUCUGGCGAAUCUCCGCUCCCUAGCAAAUAAAUCAGACGAACUACUACUUCUUACCCACACAAACAAGGACGUUCUAAACUCUGCUGUGCUUUGCUUCACGGAAACCUGGCUGAACGGAUCCAUCCAUUUGGAAGCUCUCUUUAUUAACUGUAAGCCUCUUUAUUCACCAUUGGAGUUUUCCUCCUUUAUUUUGGUGAGUGUGUACAUUCCUCCUGAUGCGCGUGU